GGCUGAGAGACGACAUUUCCCAGAAGAAGUCCUCCUGUGUCCUUCACAACAGCAAACAUGGCGACUGCGACCAAAAUCAUCCAGAGGCUGCGAAAUUUUUUAUCUGGGCACGACCUGCAAGCCAAACUGCAGAUAAGAUAUGAGGAGAUUUCAAAGAGGACUCAGCCACCACCUAAACUGCCAGUAGGCCCGAGCCACAAGUAUGCCAGUAACUACUACUACACCAGAGAUGGACGCAGGGAGGCAGUACCCCCGACUGUAAUCAUGUCUUCACAGAAGGCUCUCACCGCUGGCAGUCAAGUCGCUGAGGCCCCAAAGCCUCCAGUGACGCCAGGAGCUGUAUAUAAAGAGCCAUCACUCUCCACAGACCAGCCGUACCUCUGAGCAGCAGGAUUAAUCCCUUCAGCACCAACAACCUCAUUUCUUCAUCCAGAUCUGCUGCCGAGGCCUGACAACUGCGUGUGAUGGUUGUGUCCUGUACAAUAGACAGUGUGAAUAAAAAUGUGUUCUAUUUAA